UCAGAACGUUCCUUCUGAACCAUCGGAUAAAGAAAACGAAAGUAUUGAGAAUUUAACACGACAAGCUCCAGUAAGUGAUCAAAGUGAUCCAGCACAUGUAAUACUUCCAUUUAUUCAGCGAAACCAACAACCACAAGUUUAUCCACAAUCUAUGAUGGGCGCAUAUAAUUUACCAUUGAUACCAUACUUUGCACCCACAAGUCCUAUGAAUUUGCAAAAUGAUAUAAAUAUGAUGCAAUAUUAUAAUAAUAUACCAAGUAUGCCAAUGUAUUCAGGGCUGAACAAUAAUUAUAACAUGAUGACAAAAGCACAUGAUUCAUUAUACCUGAAUAAUAUGCCAAUGGAUCAUAGAACUACAGAUACUGUACCAAAUAAGGUUUUAGCAGGGAAUACAGAUGAUAAACUUGUGCCGAAUAAUAAUAUUAAUGUUAUGAUGAUCUCACAGACUCCAGUAGCACCCAAUAACAUACUAUUAGGAUAUACAGAUGAAAAUAAAUCAGCGCUAACAAAUGGUGUAGUUACAGAGAAUGAUGAUGAGGUUGUGGUGAAAAAUGAAACAAGUACUGUGAAGUAUGACGAAAAUGUAGCAACAGCUGAUGUAACCAAUACACUAAAAAUUAUUAAAAUAUAAUAAUAGUAAUAAAUCAGUCAAAAAUAGCAAUAUCUGGAGUGAUAUUCAUAUUUUCGACAGUAAUUUGCUGAAAAUCACAUAAAUAAUUAAAAUAUAUCUUAAAUUUUUAUUAUGUUUAAAUUAUGUAUAGUCAACUUGUACAUUAUAUCUA